AUGUUAGAGUCUUCUCUUGGCAAGGAUCCCUUAAGGGUAUUCCUGUUUACCAUUAGAACCUGGCAUGAAGUCCAUGAAAAGUCCCCCAGGCUAGUGGCAUUGAUACUGUCCUGCUGUUUGGCAGAGAUCCUCUACAGUUACGAUUUGUAUGUAUUCGUUAGCUGGCCAUGCCACGGCUAUGCCCACAACUUCGGACACAGCAGCUUUCCACGAUUACAUCGUAAAUUUGUGAUUGCAAAUGCCCAAGUUGAGACCUGUCCAAUCCUCUUCUGUAACGAUGGAUUCUGUGAACUCACAGGUUCUUCACGAGCAGAGGUCAUACAAAAGUCCUGCAUUUGUGACUUCCUGCAUGGCCCUCUCACCAGCUCCUUUGGCAUUCUCCAGAUUAAAGAUGCCCUACAGGGGUCGGAAGAGAAGCAAGUGGAAAUCCUCUACUACAGAAAAGAUGGUAAGUUUGCUGGUUCCAAAUUUUUAUGCAGUGUCCUGACGGCACCUGUGAAAAACGAACAAGGGGAGGUUAUCAUGUUUAUCAUCAAUUAUGAAGACAUCUCAGAGCAUGCCACAACUGCCAUCAACAAACCCGAAAACAGUGUCAAAAACAGCAAAUCAGGUCGCCCAAGAAGCUUCAAAAUUCGCCUGCCAUCAAUACGAAAAGACUUCAACCGGUUCAAGUCCUGCGGGAUGGAGAAGAAUCCAGACCCAGAGAACCCACCCAUUCCUGAGGAGGCUGUCCCUCUCAAUUCACUUCCAUACCUUGAUAAUGAAAUUCCGCCAAACUCGCCAAUUUUCCGUUACAAAAAGACCGGUUCAGACAUUCCAGCCCCAAACUCCCGGACCGGUGCUUACAUAAGACGUGCAUCAUCCCUCGAAGGCCUCGAGGGCGAACAGUUGACACCUUCGUCAGACUUAUAUUUUGCCAAUGGUCGGGCGCGGGCCUACACCGUAGGGUCAUGGACAGGGAACCAUGUGAAAUCCAACUGUAUAAAUCAGACCUGCAGUGAUUCAGAACUUGCCAAACACAGAACUAAGCAGUUGACCGACAGCUCUGGGAAUUUAUUAGCGGAUUCUCUUCAGGUGGGCUGGACCCCAGAAAGGGACGGAGUUAUGCCAGGAUCUGGUAAAGGUGUCUUCCUUCCGAACGUCCAGAAUAUGAAGCAUAAUGUGUCUGAAAAGGUGGCCCAGGGAAGUUCAGUCAAGGCCCAGAUAGAAGAAAUGGUUUUGUCUUUGGGGGCAGAUGUGUUGCCAGAGUACAAGCUUCAGUCACCCCGAAUUCAUCGCCUCACAAUUCUCCAUUACUCUCCGUUUAAAGCUGUGUGGGAUUGGAUAAUUCUUCUACUUGUCAUUUACACAGCCAUAUUUACGCCCUAUGCGGCAGCAUUCUUGCUGAGUGAAGAAAAUAGCCGAAAUCGAGAUGGAAACAAAAGUAUCGAGACCCGCUACCAGAAUCCAAUGACGAUCAUAGAUUUGAUUGUUGAUAUAAUGUUUAUUAUUGACAUUUUGAUAAACUUUAGGACAACAUAUGUAAAUAAAAAUGAUGAAGUGGUUAGUCAUCCGGGCAAAAUUGCUGUGCAUUAUUUCAAAGGAUGGUUUCUUAUAGAUGUAGUGGCUGCUAUUCCAUUCGAUCUUCUACUGUUUGGAUCGGAGACAGAUGAGACAGCAACAUUGAUUGGACUUUUAAAAACAGCUCGUCUUCUCCGAUUGGUUAGAGUAGUUAGGAAAUUGGACAGAUAUUCCGAAUAUGGUGCAGCUGUUUUGUUGUUGCUAAUGGCAACCUUUGCACUGAUAGCCCAUUGGCUAGCCUGUAUAUGGUACGCCAUAGGUAAUGUUGAAAGACCUCAUCUUCCUCCGCCAAAGAUAGGUUGGCUGGACCAGCUAGCGGAACAAACUCAUCAGCAAUACAUAAAUGGAACAGGAGGACCAACAAUAAAAUCAAAAUAUGUCACGGCCCUGUACUUUACCUUCAGCAGUCUGACUAGUGUCGGCUUCGGCAACGUGUCCCCUAAUACAAACUCUGAGAAGAUUUUCUCCAUCCUCAUCAUGUUGAUUGGAUCAUUGAUGUAUGCCAGUAUAUUUGGUAAUGUAUCAGCAAUAAUUCAAAGAUUAUACAGCGGAACCGCUCGAUACCACACACAAAUGUUACGCAUAAAAGAAUUCAUCCGAUUCCAUCAGAUUCCAAACCCACUUCGACAGAGGCUAGAAGAGUACUUUCAGCACGCUUGGUCCUAUACAAAUGGCAUUGAUAUGAACAUGGUUCUGAAAAGUUUUCCAGAAUGUUUGCAGGCUGAUAUUUGCCUGCAUUUAAAUAAAACGCUGAUCAACAAUUGCCAAGCGUUUAAAGGUGCCAGUCCGGGUUGCUUGCGGGCACUUUCUAUGAAGUUUAAGACGACACAUGUCCCACCUGGGGACACUCUACAACAUCGCGGGGACGUCCUAACAGGACUUUACUUCAUCUCCAGAGGUUCCAUUGAGAUCCUCAAGGAGGAUAUUGUUGUAGCAAUACUGGGUAAAGAUGAUGUGUUUGGGGAAAAUAUAUGUAAACACGACACAAUUGGCAAGUCAAGUUGUAACGUACGUGCCCUGACCUACUGUGAUCUACACAAGAUUCAUCGCGAUGAUCUUAUGGAGAUACUAGAGAUGUACCCCGAGUUUGCUGAGCACUUUACCACUAACUUAGAGGUCACCUUUGACCUCCGAGACGAGGAUUUGGUGAUACGACGGGCUGAAAAUGAGAAUAACUACGGGGCUAGACAAAUGUUGAGGAAAAGGCGGUCCAUUAAAUCUGACCACUCCUCAGGGUCAGGAUCUCAAGAUGAAGGAAGCAAAGAAUACAAGUUCCGCCCAUCACGUGCUCGUCGUUUAAGGCGACAUGUGAACCAACAUGAAGGACAGAUGAUGUCUACAUCAUUUGACUCGAGCGAAGAGGAUAUACAGGAAAGUGGGGCGGGAAUAUUGGAGUUUUCUACCAAUAAGGCUGGACAAGACAUAACUCCUGCAAACUUUGAAUUUGAUUCCAAGGAUGACAAAAAGCGGCCAGGGUUCUCAUCCAUUGCAGCUGGAGCCUUAGCUAAUGUUAACAACCUGAUGAAUGUCGUAACUGGACGCUAUGACCAUCAGAGUAAGAAAAUGGACCAAGACACUGCACCUCUACUACAGGACCAAAGCCAGAGUUCUGACACACAGCCCAAGGGGAUGUCCAGUUCCAGUAUGCCCAAGUCCACCUCGUCCAUGACACUGCCUGUGUCCAGUCCCUCGACCCAGUCCCAGUUUGAGGAGGCACAAGGGCAGACAACCUUCAUUCCCACAGAGACCUGUCCAGGUGACCCUAAUGAUGGCCAUUCCAGUCCUCAGGAUGUUGAGAGACGACUUGACGAAUUAGCAAGGCAGCUGACAAGACUGGAGAGAAAAAUGGGUUGUGAUAUUGCCAUGAUCCUGAACAUUCUACGCUCCCAGACAGUGGAACCUUCCCACUCUACACAGAUACCCUCCGACCCCCGCGUGACCCCACCUGAUGGCAACCUCCCACCUCCCCCAGACUAUAACCAAAUCCAGGAGGAUGAUGAUACCUUUGGAUAUCAGGAAGCUGCAGACAAAUCAGGGAAGGCACAAGUUUCUGCAAAACACUCCAAGACGGAGAGUGACCAGGAAGAUGGUGAGGAUGGACCGUGGAAGCCUCGGACUGAUUGUGAUAUUGCUUCUCCGUUAUCAAAUAUUCCCACUAGUGACAAUUCCAUUUCCCCAUGUGAUCCCACAGACAGUACACAUUCAUCUUCAUUCAGCCAAUCACAAACUGUGUCUCCUCUGUCUGAGGCAGUUUCUCCAAUCAGCCAAUCAGAAGAUCCAGCUCAAUCUCAAAUCAGCCAAUCACAAUCCUCCACUCUAUCACCAACGACACGUCGUCGUUUGGGUAUACCUGAUGGUGUGGACAUGAGGAACACUGUUGUUUAG